UACUCUUUUCAUGUUAAUACUAUCGUUCAGGGUUGAGGGAAGCUUACUCAUUCGAAAUAUUCAUAAUAUCCUCCUGACCUUAAUUCCCAUUCACUGUGUGGAGGUGAUUCUUUUAAUAAUUUCUGUAAAUAUGUGUAGUUAGGGGACUCCAAAUUUACUCUUACAUCUAAUUACUGCCAAAUUACUUGUGGUUAUUUGGUUGUAUCUUAAGAACCUUGGUUGAAGAUCAUGGUCUUCUUUUUAUUUUCAGUGUCUCCUCGGAUUUUAUUGUCUCCGGUAAACAAAUCUGUUAUUGUUGGAGACCCUGUCAGCUUUACUUGCCGUGCCUCAGGUGUUCCAACACCAAAAGUAACGUGGACAUUUAAUAGCCGUAAACUCCAAUCGGGUAUUAAUAAAAAAAAUUUUGAUCGAGACUUAUUCGUGGAAUCAUUCCUGGAAACGCCACAAACAACAAAGGAAAUGGAAGGAACGUACAAGUGCAUAGCAGAAAACAAAGCAAAUACAACAAGUUCUUCCGCAACACUUCAAGUUUUUGAAAAACCAACUGCGGAAUUGAGUCCAAAACCAUAUCCAACCUUCACUUCAGGUGAUGAGCUUAGGUUAACUUGCAUUGUCAACAAAGCAACAGUAAAUAUCACUUGGAAAAAAGAUGGAGACGAAAUAAGGAAGAGAGCGCACAUCUUUACGCAAUUGGAUGAGAAAAAAGGUUACCUGCAUAUUGCAAAGCUUGUGGAGGAGGACAUUGGUGAAUAUUCCUGUGAAGCUCGUAACCGACUUGGAAAUGUGGCUCGCUCCACAGUGACAAUAACCCAAAAACCAACUGCGGAAUUGAGUCCAAAUCCAUAUCCAACCCUCACUUCAGGUGAUCAGCUUAGGUUAACUUGCAUUGUCAACAAAGCAACAGUAAAUAUCACUUGGAAAAAAGAUGGAGACGAAAUAAGGAAGAGAGCGCACAUCUUUACGCAAUUGGAUGAGAAAAAAGGUUACCUGCAUAUUGCAAAGCUUGUGGAGGAGGACAUUGGUGAAUAUUCCUGUGAAGCUCGUAACCGACUUGGAAAUGUGGCUCGCUCCACAGUGACAAUAACCCAAAAACCAACUGCGGAAUUGAGUCCAAAUCCAUAUCUAACCCUCAAUUCAGGUGAUCAGCUUUGGUUAACUUGCAGUGUCAACAAAGCAACAGUAAAUAUCACUUGGAAAAAAGAUGGAGACCAAAUAAAAAAGACAGCCGACAUCUUUAGGCCAUUGGGUCAGAAAAAAAGCUACCUGCUUAUUGCAAAGGUUGUGGAGGAGGACAUUGGUGAAUAUUCCUGUGAAGCUCGUAACAUACUAGGAAAUGUGGCCCGCUCCACUGUGACAAUAAAUGUCAACUCUGUGAAGAGGAGUCCAUCUCUGAUGUGGUAUUAUAUUGUUGGAUCAAUGGCUGCUGUCAUUGCUAUUUUGCUCGUAUGCUGGUAUAUUUGGAAGCGUCGAAGGACAGCUGCUGCUAUGGCUCUUCCUAAUCAAGGGGAGGCAGUUGAGAUGGAACUGUUGAAUGUAGAAGUGGAUGAAUGGGAGAUUGAAGUGAAACGUGUCCUGCUUCAAGACGUCAUUGGGCGAGGGGCAUUUGGAGCAGUGUGGAGAGCUCUUCUUAGUUCUCCAAAUGGGAGGCCUGGAAAUCGCACAGUUGCUGCCAAAUGCUUCACACCCACUGCUGGGGAGGAAGGAAGGAAAUGUUUGAUGAGAGAGAUCGAGCUGGGAAAAAUUCUCGGUGAAAGCAAUCAGCCCAACAUAGUGAAGUUCAUUGGCUGCGUCACUAGACAAGUUCAUCCGAUCCUCAUCAUGGAAUACUUGCCAUGUGGUGACCUGCUUGGUUACAUGAGGAAGUGCCGCGGAAUUAAGGAUCGGUAUUAUCUUGGAGAAGGAAGAGCUCAAGAUUUGGACAACUAUGACCUUGUGCUAUUUGCCAAACAAAUCGCCACUGGAAUGGUAUUCCUUGGAUCAAGGGGGGUAAUCCAUCGUGACCUGGCAGCUCGAAACGUCCUCCUUGAUAACAACUAUGUGUGCAAAUUGACCGACUUUGGCAUGGCAUAUCAAAACUUCAAAUAUGGUCAUGGAAAUGCCAAAAAGGGCUGUUUGCCAAUCAAAUGGACUGCACCAGAGGUUUUGUUAGGAAACCUUGCUGGACUUUCCACCGCGAGUGAUGUGUGGUCUUACGGAAUCGUUCUGUAUGAGAUAGUAACCCUUGGAGGAAUUCCAUAUGACGGAUGGUCAGAAGGCAACGUAGUUGCACAGGUCACACGUGGCUACCAACUUCCAAAGCCCGAUCAUGUUGAUGAUAAACUGUAUGCUAUGAUGAAAAGAUGCUGGAAUUUUAACCCCGACUUUCGACCUCCCUUUGAGAACCUUCGCAAAAGAAUGGAUACCUACCUUCGUGAAGAGACAUAUCUGCACCUGCUCGACAUGGGAUCCUAUGACACGACCAAAUACUCCAGGGUUGAAGAUCUCGAAAACGAAGAUGCCGAACCAACAGCACGAGCUACAACGAACGCCGCGGCAAAGAGAUUAGGAAAAUGGGCCAGCGACCGUCGUUAGACACUGCCAUUUUAAAUACUGCUUGGGAACCUGGCCGCUAGGGUGCAAUCGCUUUGUAGUACAUCAAGUAUUAGAAAAUGUCUAUUGAUGAUGAAGGUGAUAAUUUAAGGGUCUUCUUGCGUUAGAAUGAACCAAGGCAGUGUCCUUAAGGACGAACUUUCAAGUCAAUUGAUAAACAACUCAAUUUAGAUCCAGCUGAUUGAGACAGGAUUAAAAAAACCAACGAGAAAUUAGAAAACAGCUCGUUCAUUUAGAUUUCUGUAUUAGGCAAACUAUUUACUCUUGCUAUAUGUGAAACAAUACGAAGAUUCGUCAGCAAUGAUUCUAAUGAAGUAUUCCCUGCUGGUGAUAAAUACUUGUCAAGAUGUUUAGUAGUUCAGCAUUGAUUUAGUCAUGGAGCAUAAACUACAACUAAUAUAUUUACCUUUCAGUUAAGUGUCAUUUAUCGACAAGAUCAUUAUUCGGUGACAUAUCUUGCAAGGUAGUAUUGCAUGAGUCGUAAAAAUUGAUUAAAUUUAGUUUCGUUGGUAUCGGAAAACAAUCAAGUGUAUUGUUAUUGACGUAUUUACCAUAACCGUUUUACUGUUAAAGUUAAAAAGCUUCAUCAUAAACGGAGAGAACCGUCUCAAUAGAGUGUUGGUUAAAUCAAACUCAUUCUUUUCCUAUAGUUUUCGACUUGUACAAGAAACAAAAAGCGCUAUUUAGAGGGGUAAUGGCAGAUGGGAACACCUUUGUUAUGAUUUCAUAGACCGCUUAUGUGAAAAUGGAAAUUCUAUUAGAGCAAGGAUGAGCGUUUUUUUCUGUACUUUAUGGAAACGCACUCAGCUGUUUUUUUUUUUAAAAUAAUGUAAAACACUCUACAGAAUAUCUGCAAUAAAAGAGGCAUAUCUUAU